AAACAAAAUUGACUUCAACGCUCACACUUAAUUUCUUUUCCUUUCUUUUCUUAUGAGACUUAGUUACGUAUAUUAAGGUUUUUUAUUAGAGCUUUAUGUUAAUAAAUGCUGUUGAGAUCUAUAGUAGGUAAUUUAUUUAAAUACAAACCACCGAUAAAAAUAUUUGCAGCUGCGAUGUCUUCAAAACCUCUUAGCCUUGAAACACUGACAAAACUGCGGGAGAACUUCUAUGCAGAUCCUAAGAAUGAGUUGGCCCAGAAUGCAUGCACCCGCUUUGAUCCCUUUGAAGUUGCCAUUAGUAGAAAGAAGGCUGAUAGUACAUUACAUGUAUAUAACAUCAAAGUAAGUACCCCUAAAGUUUUCCCAUAGUGGAACAGUGUAUAUACAACCACCAGGCACCAGCUCCUUUGUUUAUAGAGUCAUUAUUACUAGAGCAGAUUUAUUUGUUCAUCCUGCUACAAUGUAGUGGUGUGAAAUUUGACAAAUUUGAUUCAGUAAAUACUGAGCUGCGUGAAAUUAUAAAUUCGAAAAAAACUUUGAAAUAAUAAAAUCCCUUUAUAAAGUUACAAUAUUUAUAUUGUCAAUAACGUAAUGUUUACUGCUGGGUGCAAAACAAAAUCUGCCGCACUGCCACAAAAUAAAUUAUAGUGUUAAGUGAAUCCACUACCCCAUCUCAUUGCAUGGAUGUUGUAAGAGGCAAAAGAAGGAAACUGAAACUGCUGCUGCAGCAUCUCCAUUAUAACAACUGAUAAUAUUAAAAAACUGCAGUUUUGGCAACCUGUCUUUAAGUGUGGCAACUAUUGAAAAUACCUGAUGCAAUUUAUGGAGGAAACUUAUGUUUAGCAGUGGACUUUAAUGGGCUGUAAUGAUGAUAAUGAGGAUGAUGAUCAUGGCAUGCCUGCAAAUAUAUUUUAUUAUAUUUUUGAAACAUGCAUAUUUUCUCACAAUGUUUUCCUUAAUUGCUGAGCAUGAUGUGCUAAUCAGGUCAUAAAAUUAUAAUUUAAUAUAUCAACACUGUGUUAUCACACAAACUUCAAAAUUCUUGGCUCUUGUAUGCCUUAUAUUAUCAAUUUAUGUUUUAUAUAAAAAAAUAAGGGUGACAAUGCAAAUGCCCUACGGCAAAUUUUAUAUUUAUAUUUAACAGGAAUGAUUCCUUUUUGAUAAAGUUUUACAAGAUCUCUUUUUUAACAUUGUAAAUGAAAGCAAAGAAGAAUACAAGGUAGGUCUUUGAUAUAGUUUCAAGUGCUGAUUUACCAUGUGCUCGACGGUGAAGCCUGCAUGUCUGAGAAAUUAAAAAAUAUAUUUCAAAGACAUGUGAAGACUUGUAGCUCUCAGAAUGGAGAGUGGCACGAUUGGCGGAGAGAUUGCGGCUAUUUCACGCUGGUAUUCUGUGAGAGUUUGGUCUUUCCCGGUUGAGACGACCAUUCAUACUACUGUGGCGGCUCUGUCAUCUAUCAUAAUAUUCUAUUAACUAAUAUUCUAAUAUCGAAGCCUAAAUCGCGCUAUCAAAGUUCCGAAGUACUGCGUGUAUAUUAUAUAGAAUAGUUCCGAACUACCACAUGCACCAUUAGCUGCUCCCCAGGCCAAUCACCUUGCCCGGCGGAAGAUCUCCCUUUUCCUUCCACGGCCAAAGUGGUGACUAACCAACAUGAUCUGAACCCGCAACCAACAGCCUUCGGAAACUACAACUUCAAGCCUUCGUCAUUAUCCUCAAGAAUUUUCGAUCGUGUAAAUCGUCUUCUGUAGUCCUUCAGUUCCUGCAAGCCACCAAGCCAGUCCCCACUUGUCUUCAUCUCGACUCACCGCAGAUUAUAAGGCAGACUUCUGGCACUUGCUUGACUCAUUGUUCUCACCAGCAUCACUUGCAACUGCAGAGUAUGGCAUGCUUAAUAUCGUUCGCACCGGCGUCAAUUAUCAUUACGCACACAGCAUGUUUUCCCCACCGGCAUCAAAGACGCAGCGGCUAUCGGGUUGCACCAUCGGCCUCCAGUCUGACUACUGCUCAGACCGAUCUGAACAGGGGGGUGAUGUGGGCGGCGCUGUCAUCGAGCCACAAGCGAAAUGCACCGAAGCCUAAAUCGCGCUAUCAAAAUUCCGAAGUACUGUGGGUAUUUAAUAGAAUAGCUCCGAACUAUCACACGGAGCAUAGGAGAUCUCCCCUAUUCCCAAACUACCACCAUAGUAUAACUGCAGCAUCACUCAUAAUGUAUAUUUAAUCAACACAUAAUAUAUGUUUAAU